AUGGCGGUCGCUGAAGCGUUGAUGCCGGCGGUGAUUGAGAUGUGGGUGGAAUAUGCCAUUGGAAUUUUGGUUCUUUUUCUACGAAUCUUCACGAGAUGUAAGAAGGUGGUGGGUUUCAAAUGGCAAGGCGACGACUAUUUGGCCGUGGCGGCCAUUUUAUUCUUCACGUUAGAGGUUAUGAUGUGUCAAAUCAUCGUUGAGAAGGGAAGCAUCACGGGUAUGACCGACGAGAUCGCGUUGAGCCUCACGCCAGAACAAUACAAGAGCCACGAAACGGGAGCGAAAUGGCUUUUCGCUGCGUGGUAUGUCUACGUUAGCAUGAUUUGGAGUCUGAAGGGCAUCAUGCUCUUCUUCUUUUCCAGAGUCACAAAAACUCUGCCAGAGGAACGCCUGGUCAAGGUGGUGUCCGUCAUUACCGUCUUUGCCUACUUGGCCACACUUGCGGUUGUUACAGGACAUUGCCGUCCUAUGCACAAGCUUUGGCAAGUGUAUCCCUAUGCCGGAGAUGACUGCACGCAAAACACCUCCAAAUAUUACGCGUUGGUGACUACAAACGUCGUAACCGACAUCAUGAUCAUGUACAUUCCCAUCCCGUUGUUGUGGAGGUUGCAGACCACUCUUCAAAAAAAACUUGCAUUCGGCCUAAUGUUCUGUGCCGGUUUCUUUAUCGUAAUUUGCACGCUAUUGCGGUGCAUCAUCUGCUUGAGCACCCCCGAACGACUUGACUUGGGAUUGAACUGGUCCAUCCGUGAGACGGUUGUUGCGAUUAUCUGCACGAACGCUCCGUCAAUCAAGCCGCUUUUUCCCCAUCGACGCACCGGCUCCACGAAUCCGAGUACUCCCCACUCCGGCCUGGUCACAUUCGGCGGCACCGGCAGCUCACACAAGAUGUCACGCGUCAGAAAUGGCCAUCAGAAGCUCGACGACACAUCCGUUGGCAGUCAGGAACAUAUUGUCAACCCAAAGGGCGCCAGGAGCCAGACCACGGCGUUUGCGGACGACCGAAGUUCCGAUGACGGAGGAAACUAUAACUCGGGUAUUCAGGUCACUAAGGAUUACCACGUUGAGGUUGGCCGAUAA